AUGUCCACCGUCACCACCGUAAUAACCUCGUAUCCGCCAACGGCGGACUUGCUAGAAGCGCGCUUGAGCGUCAGUUUCACCUACUACCUCAACAUGCUCGAAAGAAUCCCCGGAGGCCUGAUCAUUUUGAGAUACAUCCGGUCCUCCUAUAAAAACGACCCCAUCCGCUCUGUGCUCGAGUUGAUACUUUUCCUCUUUGCAGUGCAUUACUUUCUUUCCUCCAAACGUAAGGAGAACAAGUCGGACCUUGUGAAGUUCUCCGGGCGUGAAGUAGAUGAGCUUAAUGAGGAAUGGCAGCCCGCUCCGAUCGUAGAACCUGUGGGGCCAUUGGAGCACUGGCGCCUCAACGAGUACCACGUGAAGGGCCACAGCGGCUCGCACGUGGAGAUUGAGCAGAAGCCGGAACUUGGAACCGUAGUGAACUUGUCCUCGUUAGACUUCCUUGAUCUCAGCGGAGACUCGCGGAUGAAGGCCGCUGCCAUGGACGUCAUUUCGAACGCCGGUGUAGGUUCUUGUGGUCCUCCCAAUUUCUACGGCACUCAGGACGUGCACGUUCGUUUGGAGGAGGACUUGACCCGUUUCUUGGACGCUGAGAACGCCAUCUUGUACGGACAGGACUUUGUGGUCGCGGGGUCUGUGAUUCCUGCCUUUUUGAAGAGAGGCGAUCUUGCCGUGGUCGAUUCCGGCGUCAACGUGGCCCUUCAGAAGGCCCUUGUAGUCAGUAGAUGUGACAUAGAAUGGUACGACCACAACGAUAUGGAACACUUGGAGCAGAUCUUGGAGGAACUCGAUCCCAUUCUCUCGAAGAAAAAACCGCUCAAGAGACGUUUUAUCAUCACAGAGGGUUUGUUUUCCUACUCGGGUGCCUUGCUUGAUUUGCCUAAAAUGGUCGAGUUGAAGAAUAAGUACAAGUACAGACUUUUCAUCGACGAGUCUCUCUCGAUCGGUACCCUUGGUGAUACUGGAAGAGGUGUUUGCGAGCACUUUGGUAUCCCGCGCUCCGAGGUUGCCAUUACCAUUGGUUCUUUGGCCACCACCUUUGCCUCCUCCGGUGGUUUCUGUGUGGGUGUCGCUCCAAUGGUGCAACAUCAAAGAAUCAACUCGUACGCUUAUGUGUUCAGUGCUUCUCUUCCUCCAUAUUCCUCUAAGGUCGCCUCUGAGGCCAUCAAAAUCAUCACCGAGAGUGUUGAUGCCUCCGGCAAAUCCAAACUUAUUAAGUCUUUACACCAAAAGGUGGCUCAUAGUUAUUCCAAGCUUCAGAAAAAAUUCGCAAACUCGCAAUACUUCGAGGUUGUUUCUGAUGGAAAUGGGCCCAUUAUUCAUUUGGCUUUGAAACCAGCUUUCCGUGCUUCUUUGGAUCUCCCGGACUACUAUGGUAACACAGUCUUGCUCACCACUGGUAAACCUUCGCGGAAGUUGAACCAAUUUAGCGAGGAGUAUAAUUUGGAGUGCUACAUCCUUCAACAGAUUGUUGAUAACGUUCUUGGCGCCUACCGUGCAUGGAUUAACAGAGAGAAGAUUGUUUACGAGCAAGAGAGCUUGCCAGUUCAAAACCCUAGACUUUGGUUUCAUGUCAACAACGGAGUUCUGGUUGCUGAGCUUGACGCGGCUAUUGGCGCCUUGUUUGAUGUUUCCAACAAGGUUUGCUCGCGUCUUCGCAGCCCUAACGACUUGACCAAAUUGCGGGAGGAAUUGAUGAGAGCUUAG